CUUUAUAGUUUGAAUACACCAAAUGUUGCCAAAGUGUAUAUUAUGUUGGAGUUGUUGGAGUUACCUUUCGAAGUUGUUACAGUCAAUAUUAUGAAGGGUGAUCAGUUCAAGGAUGAAUAUAUCCAAAUCAAUCCAAAUAGUAAGAUACCUGCUAUUGCCGAUCCCAAUGUACCAGCUGGUUCCCAACCAAUCAUCCUAUUCGAGAGUGGAAACAUCCUUGUCUAUCUCGCCCAGAUCUAUGGCCAAGGCAACUAUCUCCCCAACUCUCAAUCCAACGCACAAGAGCACUACAAUGUCCUUGGCUGGCUAUUCUUCCAAAUGUCAUCAAUUGGUCCAAAUAUGGGACAGUACCAUCAUUAUACUGCUUAUACUAAGGAUAAUGUGGAUUAUUCGAGGAAGAGACAUUAUAAUGAGGUUAGACGUUUGUUCCAUGUAAUUGAGAAACAGUUGGCCAAGCAUGCAUUUGUGGCAGGUCAUCAAUUAUCAAUUGCAGAUGUAGCAAUUUAUCCUUGGAGCAAGUAUAUUCAUACAUAUCCAGACUUAUCAGAGAGUGAAUUCCCAUUGCUUUAUGAUUAUCAUAGACGUAUGGCCUUAUUACCAGCAUCACAAUCCUAUGAACGAUACAACGACUCGUUAUCGGAUGCCAAGAAGACUGAACUCUCCGAAGAAGAGCGCAAAAUACUCUUUGGACGC